AUGGCAGACCCAUCUUCGCCACCAUCUGAUACGAACUCCCGACAGGAAGUUGUCGAGAUCAAGCAAGAGGUUGCCGACGGAGAUCAAUCUGCCAGAUAUCGUUUCGACGCUAUCUCCAACGCAGUCAACAACAAUAACGUCAUCUUGGACAAUAUUGCCGGCACUGCCAUCGUUUUAACCUUCGGCGACGACAAUAACACACAACUUCCGGGUGAUCUUAACUAUGAACGCCGUUUACCGCUUCGCCUCGAUCGAAUGGGAGACCAACACCAGCUGAUCCAAGUCCAGCCUGCCUGGUUCAUCCGGCCGGUCUUCGUCUCCUGA